AUGUACUCAAAUACUGAUACAAAUAAUAAACGCACUUUGGCAAGUUCCACUGUAGGAGGAGAACGUUAUGAAGUUAAGAGACACCAUGGAACGAAAUAUCCGCAUCUUCUUAAUUUUUAUAGUGUGCCUCCUACUGAAGAAAUUACCAUUGACGAAUUUGAAAGCUUCGCUUUUGAUAGAUUACAAGUAUUAAAGGCCCUUGAAGGAGCAAUAUUACGUAACAAAUCGGAAGAUGAUGUAAAAAAAUAUUUAGAAGAAACAUCGAAUAAGUGGCUUCCGUUACACUCAAACGAGUCAAGUAAAGCGUAUCUGGUGCAAGAAGAAAGGAGAAAAGAUCAUAUAUCUCAUUUUAUUUUAAGGUUGGCUUAUUCUAGAACUGAAGAAUUAAGAAAUUGGUUCCUAAAAUAUGAAUGCGCUUUAUUCAAAUUAAGAUUUUUAAGAGAAAAUCCAACAGAAAAACAAGCAUUUCUAAAUGAUGAAAAUAUGAGAUGGAAAAGUUUAAAUCAAGCCGAAAAGAAAUUAAUGAAAGAAGAAUUGAAUGCUUGUUCGAUUCCUAUUACUACUGAUGGUGAAUUUUGUGAUCUUUUUGAGAUUGAUUUUGAGAAAGUACCAGAUCUUGUUGCAAGACGUGCCGUUUAUUUGAAAGAGGGUAAAGCUUACGUCCCAGUAACCCAGCAAUUAUCACUUGUUAUGUAUGAAUUUCGUCAGAGACUUGCGAAAGCACUAGAAUUAGCAAGCAAAUCGUUUAUUACAUUAAGAAAUGAACGAAUUAUGCCAAUGUUGGAUGAAAUUAUUAAACAGUACGACGGAAGAACGCAGACAAGCAAUUACUCUGUCAUUAACAACCCAAUUGCGGAUAACCUGGUUGAUCAUUUCCCAUUAUGUAUGCAACAUUUGUAUCAAAACCUUUGCGAGAAUCAUCAUUUGAAACAUUAUGCUAGAAUACAGUUUAAUUUAUUCCUCAAGGGAAUUGGAUUAACUGUCGAAGAAUCACUUGCUUUUUGGAAAAAAUCGUUUUCCAAAGUUGAUGAAGAUAAGUUUCAAAGAGAUUACGCGUAUAAUAUUAGGCAUAAUUAUGGUGUAGAAGGAAAACGUCAAGACUAUAAACCUUUAAAUUGUAUGUCUCUUAUAACGAAACAUCGGCCUAAUUCAGGAGAAAUUCAUGGAUGUCCUUUCCGAGAAUUUUCUCAACCAAACUUGAAAGCUAAAUUGGUACAGAUGGGAGUAAGAAAUGAUGAACAUAUAAGAGAAAUUUUAAACCUUGCUGAAGAAGAACAUUAUCAAGUCGCUUGUACUAAAUAUUUUGAGAUUACUAAAGGCUUGCUAGAUAAAAAUAAUGACAGUAUUAUUAUAGAAACAAUUGAACAUCCAAAUGAAUAUUUGAAUGCGAGUGUUCUUCUUGAAAAAAAUAGGAAGAAAAUGAGUAAUAAGGAUAAAUGA